GGACUGUAGAAUCUUUGACGUGGCAACAACAUCAGCGCAUGUUCUCCACUCGAGGAGGUCGGCCUGGACUUGUGCGCUGUCUUUGUGUUUAGCUGGCACCCCCCCUCAACCAGACAGCCCUUGCGGUCUCGUCGAAUCCUGAGCCCAUUUCCGGGCAUAUGUGCGGCUGUCCUUCCCUAUACGACAGCUUGAAAGUUUGCAAGUCUUUUUAUUCUGGACAAAUACGUAGGAGUGGGAAGCUUACAAUCGCAGUUCCAAGUCUCCGCCGUGCCAACCCUCUCUCUGUUGUCUUAAGCACAGACCAGCUGCCGUUGUCUUGCGCCGGCACGGGAGCGGUUCUUUUGGACCGCUUUUGCCCAGGAAGGGAAGUCUGUUUCCAGAACGUAUUUUUUACCGGCGUUUUCAAAAUGCACACCGAGUACAGCGCCCAGCAGGCGGAUCGCUCCGUCCCGUCCUCGUCUUCCUUGUACCAGCACUACUGUCAGGAACUCGACUCGGAGCUGUCGCGUUACUCCCUCGACGCACUCCAGCAGCGUCAGCAAGAGUUGCAGCACGAGUUGGACCUCAUGGAUGAACGCGAGAAAAGUCAGUCUCUCUCUGCGCAGGCUGAACUGAAUAGAGAAACCGAGAAGAGGCAGCAGGCGUUUUACUCAACUCAAGGACAGCUAUCUCAGACGUAUCACAACCACCAGCCGCUGCGUGAGCAGCUUUCCGAACCGCAGUUUUUUGCUCGCGAGAACCAGCCCCAGCCCCGGCAAGACCACAUAGAGCGACAAGAACGUUAUUGCCAAAGUCCGCAGGAAGCCACAGUGCGUCAGAGUCCCCAUGUACCGGAACCCGCGGAGAAAACACCGGCAGAACAGAGUGGAACAGCAAACGGACACCCAAAUAUCUUCGACAACCAAGUGCUUGAGGAACUCCGUCGCACCGGCAGAGCCGUCGUCCACACCACCGCUGGAACUUACGUCUUCUCCCCGUCAGAAGACGGCCAGACCAUUCACUGCGCUGUCUACCCACCCGGCACCUUUGACUCUCAAGAACAGAGAGAGCCACCGAUGCUCGGCGCGCCAACAGCCGCGGAGCCCCCCGUUCUGGACCCGUUGAGAGCCGCUCCUGCGAGUCGUUUUUACCCGCAAGAAUCCCCAGAGGCACAGUUCCAGAAAGAGCGACCGGUGGUCCCUUCGUCAAUUGGAAUGGGGGAAGCCACCAAAGGCUACACAUCGCACCCUAUUGGGCGUGACGAGGAAUUUGCACAGAGGAGAUGGGAGCAGACACAACUGCACAGCAACAACGCAAAUGCAGGAACGUCGAAUCAGCAUUUCAACCAGCACGUUCUUAUUCCGAAUUCCCAACAGGUGCAAGACAACGCUCCCAAGCUGGUUGAGUUCUGCAUUGACGCCUUGGAGUCCGUUGGACGUCCACUUUGCGAACAAGGAAGCUACGUGUCAGUAGCGGCUUACGUUCACACUGUCGAAGAAAACAAGCCCCACCUGAAAACAAUCCCUGUACCCAUCGACGCAUCCGGAUGCGUGAACUUUGGGGGAGCACCUCUCCAAAUGAUAUGGAGAGGCGAGGAGUUUGUGCACAUGAAGGUUUACCAAGAGAGGCAAUACGAGGCGAUGGGAGAAGCCGUGGGGUUCAUCAAACUCCAGUUUGCAACGUUGAAUGCAGAGAACGCACCGAUGAAAGUAAUGCUGGUGGGAAAGGAGAACGAACCUAACGGCUUCCUAAUUCUUCGAUUUUCAAUCUUGGGUUCGCUGACGUCCGCAACUAGCCAGUCUCAAGGUCCCGUCGCUGUGCCUGCACUGGCCGUUCCUCAACUGGGCAGGAGUGCUGGCAUGUCUCCCGCCGAAACGUACUCUCUACGAGACAGCCUUCCCUACGGCACAAGCACUUACACUGCCACCCACUCGCUGCAGAGUUCUGCGGGGCCAGGCAAUCAACUGCCCACUCUUCCCGUUGGCUUUCUUGGGCACCAGACGCCUGAGCACCAGGGGGACUACCUGCCCCAGCACCGCGGAUCCCAGUUUGCCGCUUACGCUUCUUUGACAGAUGCGCGUGGUCGUGGCUACCCGCAAGAAGCAGGUUGUCCCGAUGGACGUGGCAUUGACAGAAAUGCACCGAUCGAUGGCAUUUCGAACCGUGACGUAGAAAUCCAAGGUCAAUGGGAAGGUGCAGACGUGCAGGCGCGUGCCUCCCCUCAAGCACACCGCGGUGCGUCCUUGCGCAUGGCGUUGCCUUCUCCCACUUCUGUUUCUUUCCCGCAUGGCGGUCGUACUGAGGUUGACACCUCAGGCAAGGAGAAGCGUGUUGUGCCAAAGAAAGCGGCGGCAAAAUCCGCUCAGAACGGUUCGAAACCAGGUGUUGGUCGGAGAUCACUUCUCCAGCGCUGGGGCCGCGGAUGGUGCUGCGAGAUGAGCACCGGCGCCGAUCUCAACUGACGGAAACUGAAUUCUUUUUAUCAGCAAGGGCAAGUUUGCCCAGCAAGGAGAAAACUCGUUGUGUGUUUACGUAUGGCAUUGACCCGGUGGAUGUUUGUCCAAGCAGUGAAGUUGCUGCGGCAAGCGGCGGCUUGUCUAUGGGAGUGCCCAAGGUGGUUAUCCCAUUCCUUGGAUCUUGUCGAUUUUUUCUGUCAACUGCGUACCCGUGAGCCGGUCCGAUUAACUGACGCGCACUCAAACCUGCUUUUAUGCUCCCUGUGCGACGCACGGCAGUGAAUAUGCCCCCUUCGAUCUGGAGGUGCCGGCCUCACUUGUCUGACUAAACAAACUGGUGCCUGUAUGUGUUUAAGAGAUAUUCUGACACCGUUACUCGCCGACGUAAGGAACGAUUACGAAAAUACGCAUCUUGUCACAGACGGAGGAACCGGACCCGAGCACAGAUGGCCCCGAUGGUUAGUACGGGC